AUGAAGAUUGAAGAUAAGAGGAUUGAUCGCAGUACUAAUAUCGCUGAGCAAAAGAUCAAAAUAGAUUGGACUUCAACAUUAUCAACAUCAUCAUCCAUUCUUGCUACAGAUGCAAAUUUAAUUAGAAAAACUUCGCAUGAAUCAGCUAUAUCGAAAGCUAAAAAUCGCCGUAUUGGUGCUGGUUUAAAACCUUUAUAUCCAGAUGUCGAAGAAUUAAAUAAAUGGAUUGAAAUUUUACGUCAAGAUGGAAUUGCUAUUACAACAUAUAAGGUUCAACAAAAAAUAAAAUCUCUCCUUAAUAAUGAAUACUCACAACAAUAUCCUAAUGCUAAAAAUAGCUUCAUAGCAUCUUAUAAAUGGUUCUAUGGCUUUAUGAAUCAUUAUGAUCUUUCUAUUCAUCAAAAAAACAAAAAUUGGACAAAAAUUACCUAG